AUGAGUCUGAACGAACAUGAUGUUGUCUUACCGGGUCUCAUGAGUAUCGAGGAGAGACCUCCACCUAAAAGACCUCUAUUGGUAUCUCAUUUAAUGGAUCUUCAUCAAGAGGAAGUUGUAGUUAAGCGCAAUCAAUCCAAGUAUGACUUUGUUAAAGUACGAGUGUGGGUGGAAGACCAUGUCUACGUCUUGUCACGCUAUCUAUUAUGUCGAGCAUUGGUUAGCGCUAAGAUAAAUUCAAGGGAUGCAGUGCAAAUUUCGCUGGACUUGAAGAGAACAUUGGUGGACUUGAACUUUACCGAUAUUGGUCAGGAACAAUUCGAAGACUUUUUGUAUAAGACAAUGUUGGUGUUUGGUUAUGGCAAACCACAAAUAUCCUGUUAUACAAUGAUGUCUAGUUUUCAUCGCAAUCGUGUACCACUGCUCAUUAUGCUCGCUGGAACAGCCUGCAUUGGAAAAUCGACGCUGGCAACCAAACUGGCUGACCGCCUAAAUCUUUCCAGCGUCUUGCAGACAGAUCUUAUUUUUGAGCUUAUGUGCAAUUUUUCGGGUCAGGAGAAGACGUCCUACAUUACGACGGUUUUUUCGUCAACUGACGACCUUAUUGCUGAAUACCAGAAGGAGUGCGAUGUGGUACGCAGGGGUGUCAAUUCCGACAUUGAUAAAUGUCUCAAGGAUGGAAAGUCGCUCAUUAUUGAGGGGCUUCACAUUGAUCCUCGUCUUUACCAGAAGACCAUCGGUGCACCUGAGGAGGGUAGUAACGCAAGUUGUUCGGGUAUCGUUGUACCAUUCUUACUAACGCUGGAUGAAGCCGACCACCGUAACUUUAUGACGAACUCUCCUGACCCAAGAUACCGCGGUGAUCAAAACUUGAUUGGCUUCCAUAACUUCCAAGAUGUACAGAACUAUUUAGUUUGUCACAGCCUGGAGGAAAGCGUGCUUCCAUUUACCGAAAUUCGUAUCAACCUCCACUCAUUUCAUGCUACGCUGGAUCGCCUGCACGACGUUGUACUUAAACGCAUUGAGGAGGUGUUUGUGAGUAGCAAGGCCACUUAA